AGGGUUAGGCCUAAGCCCAUGGGCUUUAGCUGACUGAGCCCAUCUUCAAAAUGUUGUUUCUGCCAUCUGUCCUCUCUACAGGGGUAGUUACAGUACUGGAGAUUGAUGUAGAAAUUCUGAUUUAUAGAAGUAGAAGUGUUACUUUCUGUUUUUUGGCUGGACACCAGAAUACAGACACAGACUGAAGUAAAGGUCGGUAACAGGUUCUUAAUGUGAAUUAAAGCUCUCUCCUCUCCUAUCUGAAACAGAAAAAAACCCAGUAAUACAUCCAUGUGGGUGGUGCUGGACACCAGCUGCUGAAAUUCUGAACAGUCUUUCCCAUCUGACUUCCAGUCCCUGGUGUGCAGCUGGGCCCCUCCUCCUCCUCCUCCUCCUCCCGGCUCUGGGGUUAGGGUUAGUCCUCUAUUGGCUGAGUCCUCUCUCAGCCAAUCCCCGUGCACAGCAGCUGUGUCUUGGGUCUGGCCACGCCUCCUCCCCCGGCCACUGCCCCGUUCUGGAAACGCUCCAGCGGUAUAAAUGCAUUGUCCCGCACAUACACACACCAGUUUGCGGUGUGCGUGUGUUUGUGUGUCCCCCGUGUCCACGAAGUAACGGUCCUGUGAAACUUUCGCAUUCAUAAUGAGGGAAAUCGUGCACAUCCAAGCCGGCCAGUGCGGUAACCAGAUUGGUGCCAAGGACUCAUUGAAUCAGAUGUCCAGUGGAUAUGAUUGACAGCACUGCUGAAGAGUUCUGGGAAGUGAUCAGCGAUGAGCAUGGCAUCGAUCCCACUGGGACUUACCACGGAGACAGUGACCUGCAGCUCGACAGGAUCAGUGUUUACUAUAAUGAGGCAACAGGUAAAUAUGUGCCUCGAGCAAUUCUGGUGGACUUGGAGCCUGGAACCAUGGACUCUGUGAGGUCUGGACCCUUUGGGCAGAUCUUCAGACCUGACAACUUUGUUUUUGGUCAGAGUGGUGCUGGAAACAACUGGGCCAAGGGUCACUACACAGAGGGAGCUGAAUUGGUGGACUCGGUCCUGGAUGUGGUCCGCAAAGAGUCAGAAAGCUGUGACUGCCUGCAGGGCUUCCAGCUCACACACUCUCUCGGUGGUGGAACUGGAUCUGGUAUGGGAACCCUGCUCAUCAGCAAGAUCCGUGAGGAGUACCCCGACCGUAUCAUGAACACCUUCAGUGUGGUGCCUUCCCCCAAGGUGUCUGACACAGUGGUUGAGCCUUACAAUGCCACCCUGUCAGUCCACCAGCUUGUAGAGAACACAGACGAAACCUACUGCAUUGACAACGAAGCUCUGUACGACAUCUGCUUCCGCACUCUCAAACUGACCACACCCACCUAUGGAGACCUUAACCACCUUGUGUCCGCUACCAUGAGUGGGGUCACCACCUGCUUGCGCUUCCCUGGUCAGCUCAACGCUGAUCUCCGCAAACUGGCCGUCAACAUGGUGCCUUUCCCUCGUUUACACUUCUUCAUGCCUGGCUUCGCCCCACUGACCAGCAGGGGCAGCCAGCAGUACCGUGCCCUUACAGUUCCCGAGCUCACACAGCAGGUGUUUGAUGCCAAGAAUAUGAUGGCCGCAUGCGACCCACGUCAUGGCCGCUAUCUGACCGUUGCCGCUGUGUUCCGUGGCCGAAUGUCCAUGAAGGAGGUUGACGAGCAGAUGCUUAACGUGCAGAACAAGAACAGCAGUUACUUUGUCGAAUGGAUCCCCAACAAUGUAAAGACCGCUGUCUGUGACAUUCCACCACGUGGCCUCAAGAUGGCUGUCACCUUCAUUGGUAACAGCACAGCCAUCCAGGAGCUGUUCAAGCGCAUCUCCGAGCAGUUCACAGCCAUGUUCCGUCGCAAGGCCUUCUUGCACUGGUACACAGGUGAAGGUAUGGAUGAAAUGGAGUUCACUGAAGCAGAGAGCAACAUGAAUGAUCUGGUGUCUGAGUACCAGCAGUACCAGGAUGCCACUGCUGAGGAAGAGGGUGAAUUUGAGGAGGAGGCUGAAGAUGAUGCUUAAAGAUAAAGAUUGAAGGUCACGACAUCACUGCGGAUAUUAAAAAUAGUCAAAAAUGAACAACCUUGACAGUAAUCAAGGACCAAUGUAGUGUUAAGAGCAUUGCUAGAAUCCAACUUCAGCCUUCAUUAGCUAUCCCUUGUCAUUCCGUGCUAAUAAAGUUGUGAAAUGAAAA